AUGGCGGAUCAAGGAUCUAUGGAUGAGUUUCUAUCGAAAGAAAUAGAUCAAAACAAAGUAUCAGCGUUAGUAGGGUCUCUGGAAUCACAGUUAGCGUCUUCUACAAACAAAGAAUCUCACAAGACUGUUCCAGGGGCUACAUAUAACAAUAAUCAUAUUUCUGGGAAUGCAUCUUUAGUGAAUGCAUCCAAUCCUAACACAGCAAGUGUGACUGUGAGGCCACAACAAACUGUUGUGAGCAUGCAGGGCCUUGGCUUACAGUCCCAGGCAAUAAUUUCUAAUAAAAAUUUAUCCCAGAAUGCUGCAAUAAUUAACUCAAAUAUUAGUAAUCCACAAAUAAUUGGCAUUUCUUCCAUCAUAAAUGCCAACUCCCAAAACAGAACAAAUUCGAACUCAAGCACAACAUUGCUUCCACUUACAAAUUCUUUUUCUUCAAUUUCAAACACAUCUCUUUCCUCAGCAAAUAAGUUAUUAAAUAGUACUCCAUCUAUACGUAUUGUUACAAAUAAUAAUACCAAACCUCAAAAUUCUGUUUUGCAUAAUUCUCCUGUUCAGGUGUCAAAGCCACAAUUUAUAAACAGUGCAAUAGCUCAAAGUGUUACGACUGUCCGGCCGACCCAGCCUAUUACGAGUACAAGAGUAAAUAUUACUGCUUCUGGUGCCAGUACUGCUAUGCAUAACUUAGCUACUAUUGCUGCUGAACAAAAACCAUUAACAGUUUUACCUAACGGAAGUACACAUUUGCAAAGUCUGCAACAUAAAGAUGGAUCUGUGAUACCUCAACAAAUUAUUGUGAAAAGUGAUUCAAAUCAUUCAGUGGUGAAAAGAGAGUUGAACUUAAGUCCUCUGAUAAAAAGUGAUAUUUCAAUGUCAAAUUCUGUGAUACAAGGUUUGCCGCAAAACAUGCGGCAGCCUACACCUAUUCUAGCUGGACCUCAACAAAUAAUGAAAGGGAUACCUACAGGUAAUAAUCCAGCGCUCGUCACAUUAAGGACUCACACGCCUAAUUCUCAGCAGCAUGUGGUUGUAAGAGCCAGUGUGGCAACAACUUUAGCAAACUCUUCUCCUUCAGUGCAAGUAGUAAAUGCAUCAGCAGCUGGCACACCUACAAUCAGACCAGCAGUUACACAACAAAUACGACCAGGACAAGUACGUAUUACAAAUCCAGUAAGAAUUGGCACUCAGCCCAAUAUAGCACCAAGGCAGCAGAAUGCUCAGGCGAACACCCUAACCAUUCCUCAUGGCGCCCUUUUAAUGCGAAAUGAAAGCGGACAGUUGGUUCUCGUAUCAGCUUCUCAGACUGUUCUUCAGCAAACGCCUAGCAGUAACAGUGUAAUAACAACAAUGGCACCAAGUGGCUAUCGGAUACCAAAUGUUAGGCCUCUGACAUCACAAGCACCAGUACGGACAGCAAGUGGUGGGCAGACUAUUGUUACCAUUCAGCCUCAAGCUACACCACAGCAGCAGUCUAUUCAAGUUCGUGGGCCAACGAUAGCUACCGUUGUACCAACAUCUACUUUACAGCGUCCAGCUGGUCAAACAUCAAACAUUAUUGGUCAACCUACAACUACUGUUGGUCAGACUAAUAUAACCACUUUUGCUGCUACUGGGGAGAUGAAUCAAGCUAUGCUUGAGAAUGUGAAAAAGUGCAAGAAUUUUUUGUCUACGUUAAUCAAGCUGGCCUACAGUCAACCACCAGAAACUGUGAAAAACGUUAAAGCACUUAUUCAGGGCCUUAUAGAUGGUAAAGUUGAACCAGAAAUGUUUACAGAACGUUUGCAGCAUGAACUUCAGUCAUCUCCUCAGCCAUAUCUUGUCCCAUUUUUAAAGAAAAGCCUUCCACUUCUACGGCAGUCAAUGUUAAAGGGUAGAAUGGUUAUUGAUGGUGUUAAGCCACCGCCUGCAGAAGUAGCUGGACAGUCCCAAUCUAUCACAGUUUCACAGUCACCUGCUACAACCAUUGUAAGUCAGCAAGUUAUUACAGCAAGUGGCACUUUAACACAGAGACCUGUUGUGGCACCCAGGCCUACCAUGGCUCCAUUACAGCAACAACAGAUCCGCUCAUCACUUGGUCCUGCCAGCAGUAAAGUAGCUCCUAUUCGACAAACAAUGCCUCAAGUAGCCAUAGCUCCUGGUGGAAACAAAGUUGUACUUCAAGCAUCUCAGAUUCGUCAGCAAAUGCCUAAUCAAGUUUUAAAUCAAGUUCGUCCUAAAAUGACAGUUGCACGUCCAUCUUCUCAAUUUAUCCGAGCCACCAAUAAACCCAUCACAACAGCUGUAGUCAAAGCUGAACCAUCUAGCCCUGCUGCUGGACACAGGGAAAAAAGAAAAUUUGAAUCUCUAAAAGAUGGUGAUGAUGAUAUCAAUGAUGUUGCGACCAUGGGAGGUGUCAACUUAUCAGAAGAGUCAAAAAACAUACUAGCCACUACCAAUGCUGAUUUUAUAGGAGCUCAGAUGAGAUCUUGUAAAGAUGAAAUAUUUCUUGCAGCUUCACCUCUACAUAAAAAAAUCAGCACCAUUGCUAAAAAGUAUGGAAUAGAAGAUAUAAGCCCAGCUGUGGUUAAUAUAGUUUCUCAUGCUACUCAGGAAAGGCUUAGAGAUAUGGUCUCAAAAUUAUCAACCAUAGCUGAACACAGGGUUGAGAUUUACAAGAUGGACAGUCGGUAUGAGGUGGAGUCAGAAACAAAGUUAAAGCUCAAAUUCCUGGAGGAGUUGGAUAAAUUAGAGAAAAAAAGGCAUGAAGAGCAAGAAAGAGAAAAGUUGUUAAGGGCAAUCAAGAGUCGUUCUAAGAAUGAAGAUCCUGAGCAGCUUAAACUUAAACAGAAAGCCAAAGAGCUGCAACAAGCAGAAGCAGAGGAACUUAGGCAGAGAGAAGCAAAUCUUACAGCUUUGGCAGCUAUAGGUCCUCGAAAGAAACGACGGUUGGACUUUGCAGAUGCAACAAAAUCUGGGUCAAGUACAAAUAACAAUUCAUUCAAUUCCAAUUCAUCGCUUGCAAGUGUUAUUCGGCCAAGAACUAAGAGAGUUAACCUCAGAGAUGUACAAUUUUUGUUGGAAAGUGAGCGAUCUACAAGGAAAUCAGAACUACUUUACAAAACAUUCUUAAAAUGAUAAGGUUUAAAAUAACUAUACGUUAAGGAGUGUAAAAAUCUGUAGAUUCUUUGUGGGUAGCCUUCUGGAAAGAAAUACAUCAAAAUGGUGAUACUUAUGAAUAGCAAUCAAGUGGAUGGUUCAUGUCUUCUUGACAAAUGGUAUUAACCAGCAGCUCAAUGCUUUGGCUUCCACUGUGGGCAUUGAUAAAGUGUCUGUCAUCAUGCUGAAGAAUCACCUAUAAUCUUGAUCAUAAUGAUCAAUCUAAACUAAAACGAUAUGUAAACUAGCAUCUUCAGCCAAGAAGUAUGGCAAUCUGGUUUUAGGACUAAAUACAGGUUCCUUUUUUAUAACAUUGCACCAUCAUUCAGUGAUUAAGUUUGAGAGGAACUAUAGGUUACAUUGAUGCUUGUUCUUUAAGCUCAAAUGGCAUCAAUCAAUUCUUCACUAAAAUGACACACCUGGUGCUUUAAGCAGGAACAGAUCACUUUCAACAAAGUGAAUAAAAUUGAAAGUCAUGACGUGACACACUUCUAAAACCCUUAUAUGGAAGUAUUGAAAUGUGGAGGAUGAACUGCACAUAACUGGUGUUAUUAAUUGAAAAUACGUCAGCCAUAACAACCAAUUGGGUCUGAUACCAAAUAAACCUAGACAGUUUGGUAUUACAGAAAGGAAUGUGACAUCAGCAUGUUUAUUCUAUUUUCUGAACGGAGGGAGCUUGAUGCUUUCUAAGUAAUGUGGCCUUUAUCAAACUUUUGACUGAAUAGAAAGUUGUUGUAACUUCAAAACAUCUCAAGUUAAAGUAAGUCCAUGGUUAAACUAGUACAUGGGUACUAUUCAACAGCUGUGAUGAUCUCCAGCUUAAUUAUGUUUGCUGUAAGUAGUGUUCUUGCCUUGAUACUGAGUACUUGUAUUGCCUAUGUAUUGUAUUAUGUAUGAAACACAUUUUAAAUGUGAAAGGGUUUAGUUUUUAUAUUAAAAAUUGUUUGGACAUAAUCAUGACUGCUUAAAUAUGUUGGUACAAUAUUCUCACUGCUUAACAAAAGUACUCAUUUAAACUGAGUUCUUGUGAUGAGGCUGACAAGUAUACAACUGAUGAUGCUUCAGCAUCACAAAUGCACUAUCCAGCCUCAUUUUAAAAAACAUUUUUCUUUGUAAAAUCACCUUGCACACAGUUGUGCCUGUUCUGUUAGUGGUGUCACCGACUAUGUACAGUUGUCCAAUUUCUUGGAAAUGUUGGCUUUAAACAUUCCAAUAUCUCCUAAAUUUAAAUAUUGCAUAAGGAAAAGGUUUCAGCUGCUCCUCUAACAUUGUAUUUGAUUUUGUUUAGUGCUGGUUAACUUAGAGGGAUAAAUAUUUAACUAAACAAACUAAUCUUUUAUUUUACAAGCAAGUUCUGUGUAUUUUAGGAUGUUACUAAAAACAAAACAAGAACUUGGCUACUUACACUUCUCCAAAUUCUUUUUAUCUCAGUAAAAUUUUUGAAAUCUUCACGAGUUUUGCAAGCCUUUAUAAAUGCUUAUGGAAACCAUAAUUACAAAGUUUUAUUCUGCUUAGUAAACAUAAAAAUUUAAUGUGUUAAUCAUUUAUUAUUAAGCUCAAUAAAAAAUUAUAUUUAUGCAGGUUUCAAGUUGACUAAAGUAUUAAAUAUGUUUAAUAAAAAUGGUUUUAUUAGUGAUACAAUUUUAAUUUUGGAGAGAAAUAUGAUACAUUUCUAAUAUUUAAAACAUACAAAAAUUUCUGCACCAUUAUCAUUACCUAAAAUUUUGUAAUAAAUUGAAAUAAAUAAAAAUUAAAUGCAACAUACCACACUACCGGUGAUGGAUUGUCAUAAGGUUUACAUUCUGUUACUUGAGAGGGAGGGGUCCAUUCUUUAAAAUCUUUGAAGUUAGAGACCUUGUCUUUAAGUACUUGAUAUGCAAAUCAGAAGCCAAAUAUGAAACUGAUAGUGCUAUGCCAACCUUAUUUAACUUCAAAAAUAAAUACUAUGCACACAGACAAUCAGUAUUUGGCAAGUACUUUUGAAAUGUAUAAAGUUGUAAAUGGUUUGUUUUCAAAUCAGUCCAUAUGUAUAGAUUUCUCAUUUUAUUUCCAACUCCUUUGGUUUUUCUUAAGUUAAAAAUUGGCGGGGAAAAACAUAAGCAAAUAUGUAUAAAGGCAGCUUUUUUCAGUGAAUAAUUUAGGAGUGUAAAUUGAAUAAACUACAAUUUUUUUUUUCAAGUGUUAUUUUCUGUACUGACACCAGCAAUUAACAGCUGUGGUAACACUAAUCAUUAUAGUGCUAAGGUGUUUAUUUAUUUUUGAAAUAGAAAUGUGCCUUUCAAUAUUUAAAUUAUUUCAUCUGUAUUUACAAACAUCAUUGAUUUGUGUUGAUGAGAAAAGAAAUGCAUUGGUUAUUAUUUUCAUGAGAUAUUACUUUGACACUUGAUUUCUUCAGCAGAUUUACAAAAAAUUAUUUAAAUAAGCUGCAGGAUCUGAAAAUUAAACAAAUGCUCUUUCCUUUGUCCAAACUUAUAUCCAUAGGCAACUUAAUUUUCUAAUAGAAUUUCUACUUUUAGAACAAGUGUUAUUGAGGGAAACCUGGGCUAGUAAUUGCAUUUUAGAGUAAUUUGUUUUUUUGCUUUCUGUUAAAUAUUUUUGUAUAAUACAUAUUUUUUCUCUUAAAUCCGAGGAAUACCAUUUUAUGUGGUAAUUUCUAUUUCACUAAGUUGUAAAAGCUUUUUUUUUUCACCUUUUUUUAAAAAUCAGAAUAUGUUUUUAUAAUUUUGAUAAAUUAAAUCAAGCAAAUUAAAUGACAAAGUCUAGAAUUUAUGUAGUAGUAAAUAUUGUAUAAAUAGCAGCUUUGCAUAAGGGAAGGGGAUAAUGAAUGCUUGGAAGCACAUAUUCUUCAGCUGCUAACAGCAUGAUCUUUUUUUUUAGUGUAGCUGUUGUUGAAUAUUGUUCAAAUGCUAACACCAAUUCAGCUUAUUUUUUCCAAGAAGUCAAACUUUGUUUUCUAAAAUGACAAGUAACAAAUAUAAAAAAUGUCUUCACUUGUUUAAAAAGAAUUUAUUGAAAUAGUGUGCUUAUAAAUGGAUUAAAAGUUUGUUGUUUCAAUAUCACUUUGCUAUUAUUAUCUACUUUACCUCAUUCAACACAUCUCAAGCAUUCAGACUUUUGAGUUUUACAUUUACAAAAGGAAGCUCUUAUUCAUCAUUUUUCCAAGGUAAUAAUAGUGUACACUGGGUGACAGCUAUUUAUGUCGAUGUAUGUAUGAUUUUUUAAAAAUGUGUCACUACUUGCUCAUUAAAUCUUAAUGUAAUUUUUUUGUUUGACUGUAGCAUUGUUAUGUGUUUCUGUAACUCAUUUAUGGCUAACUACUUUUAGUGGCUCUUUUUUCUGCUGUAUACUGAAUUAUCAGCUAUAUUGAUAUCAUAACAAUAUUUAUGGAGCAUAGAUUCCUUUUGUUAUUUUAACUACAGAUAUUGUAUUUUUAGAAUUUUAUUUAAAUUAAUUUGUUAAAAGACUGUGGUAUGUAUCCCAUAAUUAUGAAUGAGAAACAUGGCCAUAACAUGAAAUAUUCAAAUAACUUUAUGAAAUACUGUCUGUUUUAUAGACAAAUACAUCUUGUUAUUAUAGCUUCCAUGGAUGAACAGAACAUACUUCAUUAUUUUACAUUUUUACUAAAGAGGUUGUAUAUUAGAACAGUUCUCGUAGAUUAAAAUCAGAAGUCACUUUUUUUCUAUCUUGUUCUUUUUCUAAAGAAAUGAAAUAAUUUGUUAUUUAAAUUAGCACUCAGUAACUGUAUUGCAUUACUUUCAUAGUUAUAGUUGUUCCAAUAAUAGUGAGUUGACAUUAUCAUAAAUAUUCAAAUAAGUUACCGUUGUUAAAUCAUAGGCUACACAUAUUGAGACCGCAUUUAUUACUCUUAUUUUUUUUCUUCUGUAUAAUUGAAUUUUUAAAAAUUAGUUUAAUAUCAGUUUAAUGGCACACAUUAUUUAAUAUUUCCUUGAUAAAAAAAAAUUAUACAGGGCUGCCUAAAUAUACACUUUUUUCAGAAUUAAGUUUUGACCCAUUCGCUAGUUACCUAUUAUGCAUGUGUUGAAAUAGUUACAAUUGCCUUCCAUGAAAUGAGAAAAAUCAUUAGCUACAUUGAUAAGUCCUGGCCCAGUGUCUUUCAUUUAGCUUAAAUCUCAGCUCCAUCUGCAGUCUCUCAUAUAUAAACAUCUCUCUUUACAGGCAGUCACAAUAUAAUUAUGCCAAUAUAAGUUUUAUAAGUUGGGGACAAUUUUUAAAUAUAGUAAAUACAAUUAGGCAAUUUCAUUAAAAUAUUGUAGCACAAGUUACAAAGCCAUUAUCUUCAUUAAGCUGAAAAAUUGUUGAUAAUUUAUAAUUUUUAUACUAAUUUGUGUGAUAAGUGUAGUUCUUUAAAAAGUUGUUUACAGAAGGUCAUUAAUGUGGAAAAGUGCUUUUAUUACUUAAAUAAUUGAUUUAAGAUAGGCAGCCCUGUAGAUAAUAAAAACUUAACUCUUACCAAAUACCUUCAUAUUAACAAUUUUUACUGGACAGAAAACAGAAUUAAAACAAAGUUUUACCCUUAGGUAUAUUAUGUUUUACUUAUAUGAUUUAUUUACAGAUUGCUCUCUGUAUUAUAUAAAAAUCAUUAUUUUGCCAUAAAACAGUAUGACCUAAAUUUAUCAUAAUUUCUUCACUCUUUAAGCUUCAAAUUAUUCUUUUUAUUUUAUGUUGUUAAUGACUUCUUAGGAAGUUUUGAAACUCAGGUUAAUCCAAAUAGCCAAUGCACACAAAUUUCCUGCAGAGAAUAAAAGUAAACAGGAUGAUAGUUAUAAUCAUAUUUAUCGUAUGACUCAUUAUGUAAGAGUUACAUCAUGUCUCAGUUUUCUUAGUUGUAUUUACUCAAUUUUCAGAAGUCACUGAUGUGGCCUUUAAAACAAAGGUUAUGUGUGGGAUAUUUGUGUGGAAGCUGAGGUGAUGUCACAGAAGAAACAGGGGAAAUAAGCUGUAAAGGGAAACAAUCUUAUAAAUAUAUUUACUCAUCCCAACAACCUGUGUAAUGCUUGUGAUAGCACAUGUAUGGCUAAGUUUUUGUAUACCAUUUUGUUUUAAUACUUGAUCUUGUACAUGUCGACAAGUAGACUUUUUACUUAGUGUGUGUUGUUGUUGAGGUAAUUUAUUGAUGAGUCUUUGAUAUAACUCAUGCAAUACAAGUUAUGUAAUUAGAAUUUUAUGUAUGCUUUCAACAACACUAGGAUUAAUUAUGAUGUUAUCAACUUUAUAGUGUACAUUUCUUUGUAAAUAGAUUUCAUUCAAUGACCAUGUUUUCAGAUUAUAGCACAUAUUAAAAUAUCAUUCUUUA